AUGCUUGACUUGUGCCAAGCCAUUGAAGCGAAGACCAGGGAGCUUCUAGGAGCGCCGCCCAUGGGAAGUGACGACCCGAAUUUCCUCGCUAAGGGCUACGGUUUCCCCACUGGAUGUUCGCUUAACAACGUGGCUGCUCAUUACAGUCCUAAUUAUGGUGACACUACUGUAUUGAAGGAGGGCGAUAUCUGCAAACUCGACUUCGGAACGCAGGUUGGAGGUCGUAUCGCAGAUUGCGCUUUCACCAUUGCAUUCGACCCGAAGUUCGAUCCCUUGAUCGAGGCAACCAAAGAAGGAACUAGAGCUGGUGUCAAUUUCGCUGGUAUAGACGCGAGAUUCUCCGAGAUUGGUGAGGUCAUUCAGGAGGCUAUAGAGAGUUAUGAGUUCCUCGAAAGGGAUGGUGCCGAGGCUAUCCCCAUCAAAGCCAUCGAAAACCUGAGCGGGCACUCGCUGGGCAAAUACCAGAUGCAUGGUGGACAGGGUGUACCCAUCGUCAAAAACGACGAGCCAGGAUGCAUGGAGGAAGGCCAAUUCUAUGCCGUCGAAACCUUCGCGAGCACUGGUCGGGGCUACUGUAUAGAGGAGG